GCGGCCACCCCACCCCGUGCGCUUUUGUGCAGGGAAUGUGUGAUUGUGUCUUUGCUGGGGCAGGUCUAGAGGGACCAGUGCUCACUCUGUAGCAGCUGUCAACGGUUAUUUCAGCGGGGUAGAUUCCUGCGAAGCAGUCGCUGCUUUCGGCUGACAGACUAGCUGGGUGACUGCUGCUCGGCAGCAGGUAGCUGAACACCACGGACAUUAGCGCAGUUGGAUGCGAAUCUGGAUUGGCGGAUCGCACGGGAGUCACCGCUGAUGAAAUGGUCAUGGUGAAUGAAAAAGUGGCUCACCCUCAGGAUCCGCACCAGCCUACAGAAAAGCUAGCCAUCCGCUGCUUCAAGUGUGGAGACCCAUGUAAAGGACAAGUGCUACGUGUCCAAUCCAGUCACUUCCACCUCAAAUGCUUCACCUGUAAAGUUUGUGGCUGUGACCUGGCCAAAGGUGGAUUUUUCAUGAAGAACAACGACUACCUUUGCUCCCUGGACUAUCAACGACUGUAUGGAACCCGUUGCCAGGGCUGUGGAGAGUUUGUGGAAGGGGAAGUUGUUACAGCACUGGGCAAGACCUAUCACCCUAAAUGCUUUGUCUGCUCCAUAUGCAAGCGUCCUUUCCCAGCUGGGGACCGUGUGACUUUCAAUGGGAAAGAUUGUCUGUGUGAGCGCUGUGCCCAGCCAAAGUCCUCCAGUCCCAAAGAGAUUGUCAGUAGCAACAACUGUGCGGGCUGUGGCAGGGAUAUUAAAAAUGGACAGGCGUUACUGGCUCUGGAGCAACAGUGGCACCUGGGGUGUUUCAAGUGCAAAUCUUGUGAGAAUGUUCUCACUGGAGAGUACAUCAGCAAAGAUGGUGCUCCUUAUUGUGAAAAGGAUUAUCAGACACUCUUUGGUGUGAAAUGUGAAGAAUGUGACAAAUUCAUCACAGGAAAGGUUCUGGAGGCAGGAGACAAACACUAUCAUCCGAGCUGUGCACGAUGCAGCAGGUGCAACCAGAUGUUCACAGAAGGAGAAGAAAUGUACCUGCAAGGUUCUACAGUUUGGCAUCCCGACUGUAAAAAGUCAACCAGGAUUGAAGAAAAACAAAGGCCAACUCGAUCUUCUUCUGAAAGUAUUUCCUCCAGACCUGGCUCCAGUUCUCCCGGCCACACAAUAUACGCAAAAGUGGACAAUGAGAUCCUUGACUAUAAGGAUCUGGCUGCGAUCCCCAAAGUUAAGGCCAUUUAUGAUAUUGAACGUCCUGACCUGAUCACAUAUGAGCCAUAUUUUGGUGCUACAAUUGAAGAUAGACAUGAGCGUCAUAGUAUGGGAGAGUCGCCAAGGACACUUUCCCCCACACCUUCAGCUGAGGGAUACCACGACGCUCGUGAUCGAAUGGUGCAUAGGUCCUCCAGCCAGGGCUCCAUCAGCUCCCCUGUCUACAGCCGGCAAUGCUACACACCCACUGUUGCCCGGAGUCCACAGCACUUUCACAGGCCUGGCAAUGAGCCAUCCAGUGGUCGGAGCUCCCCUCUCCCUAUGCAGCCAGACAACAGGCCUCUAACACCAUCUUAUGUUCUGACCCCUAAACAUUUCCAUCUUCCAGACCAAGGCAUUAACAUAUACAGAAAGCCUCCUAUCUACAAGCAAUAUGAUGCAGAUGCAGCACAACUCAAGACAGGCGUGGAGAUCAUCAAGUCAUCCAAGUUCCCAGCCGCCCACGCUCCAGACCCCGAUCAGACUUCUGAGGUGGAGACUGACUACUGGCCAGGCCCUGGUACAAUAGGAACAGACAGGAGGAGAGGCAGCGAGCGAGAAGAGGAGGAUGAGGAAAAACUUAGACGCAGACAACUGCAGGAGGAGCAACUCAAUAAAAUCCAGUCAGGCCUUGGGAAACUGAUCCUGAAGGAAGAGUUGGAGAAAGAGAAGCUGGCCCGCUUAGCAUCACACACUCUCUCUGCCGAUCAUCCAUUCAGGCAUCGUUAUGAUUCAGCAGGGUGUGCAUCCCUUCAAGCCUCUGCCUCAAAAACUUCUUCCCUCCCUGGUUAUGGACGAAGUGGACUUCAUAGGCCACUGUCGACAGAUUUCACCCAGUAUGACAGCUACAGUGAUGUAAGCGAAGGUGUCAGAGAAUCCCUGCCUCCACAGGAGGGAACUACACAAGGAACAAGAAUGGACAGGGGAGUUUCAAUGCCUAACAUGCUGGAGCCAAAGAUUUUUCCUUAUCAGGCCCUUUCUGUGACCAACAGAGGACGCAACAAACUACCAAGAGGUAUAGACAGAACAAGACUGGAGCGUUACCUGGCUCCUGAAGUUUUUCACCAGCUCUUUAAUAUAACUAUCCAGGAAUUUGACAGAUUACCACUCUGGAAGCGCAACGAGUUGAAGAAAAAAGCUCACAUCUUCUAAACCACACAAUGCAUGUUGGAAAUGGGGCAAUCUUGAGUCUAAAUAUCAGCGUAAUAUUUUGUGAGGAAGGAAUUCCAGCAUUAUCAAUACAAAGUCUUCUCAUGCUACAGCCGAUAACCAGUGAGAGGACCGUGGUUAGAUCCACAUAUAAAAAUUGCUAAGAUUUCAAUCUGAGAAUUCCAUCAAUAUUUCCUUAACAAUGUGACUCAGAAGUAAUAUCUCUUGUUAAACAAUAAAUUGCUCUGAUCUUUAUAGAGUCAUAAUAGAUUGAAAAUUGGAUUGAGUUGAAUGACAUUUUAUUUUCUAAAAAAAUUGGAGCACUGUUCUUUGGAAACAGAUUUUAACAUUUAGCCAUACUGCUCGAAGGAAAGUGUAACAACUUGUGUUCUCUGCCUUGCACGGUGAAAGCAUGGGUUUGGCAGGUAGUGGGAGAGAGGGGAAUUAAUUUGAAACUGGUUUGUGCACAGGUUACGCUUUGAGCUUUACUGAUUGAAAUCAUUUACACCGUGUGCUGUAGUUGAAAGUGUGUAUGCACAUCUGCUAUAUCUGGUAGUCAUGCCAGAAGGCAAUGUAUAACAAAAAUGGAGAGGAAAGACAUGCUCUUUAAAGUUUGUUGUUCAGCUAACUUCGGGCAAAACAUUUAGCUUCAUAACCAAUAUUAAUAUGUUAUUUUAUUAAUUUGUAUUGAAAACAAAACAAAAGAAUGUCAGAGUUACUGCCUGAGUAUUUUGUAUCAGUAUCACAUUGUUACUUGUGUUUGUACCUGCCUUAAUGUGACAUUGUCAUUUGCACUGAAACCCUUGGUACCAGGCCGAUCCUUUUAUGCAUUGUGCAUUUGAGACAUCACAAAUAGUCAAGGAAUGCCUCUUGCAUAUCAAGUCCUCGUACUCUCAAUUAAUAGGGCAGUUCUUCUUUUCCAUAUCAUUCCCAGAUUUGUAAUGAAUAGUCUGGAAAUUGCACUGUGAUGAGAUUAAUUAAGAAUGUGUUUGUAUGCAAUUCCUCUACAUGCUAUUUUAAUGGAGGCAGUAGUUUGUUUGAAGUCAGCAGAUUGUCUCUUUUAUAAUAGUGCGCAAAGUAAUUGGAUUCAAUAACGCUACACUGUAUAAUUUAUACACUAAUAUCCUCCUUAUGUUUUUAAAAAUGGGAUUUAGUCUUAAAGUUCUGCAGUGUACCUGCCAAAGAUUUGUUUUGGAGUGCUUCUGAAAAAGUGGAAAAUUUGAUCCAGUUUCCUUACAAGAACUGAUUAUUUGCUUAUGUCUAUACAAUGUUAUGGAAUCAAUUCAAAGUAGGUAUACCACAUAAACUAAAUUUUAGAAACUGUAUUUUAAUAAAUAGUACAAUUCUUAGGCCUAAGUGGUACAAAGUAAAGUACCUUUUCCUAUUUGUACACAUUCUUUUUUUUCUUGCAUAAAUGUAUUUAUGCAAGAUUCUAUUUAUUAGUUAAUUUCAUUGUCUGCUUCUAUUAUGUCAAAGCAAGAAGCCCCUUAUAAAUUUGUCAACACAUCAGAGAUGCUGCAUGACCCACUGAGUUACUCCAGCUUUUUGUGUCUAUCUUCGGUGUAAACCAGCAUCUGCAGUUCCUUCCUACACAUCUUAAAGCCAAGGGUGAGAUUGCCAUUUAUCAGACAAAUGGGCACUUAUAUUUCAAACAUUUUUUGUGGAACCUUUUCAUUAAAUAUUCAGAAAAGUAAACACAAUGAUUUUGUGGAGGUAAAAAUACAAACUCAAGGCAAUUAAGAUGAAUGAACACAACUAACAUGUUGAUGUUUCAAACCCAAAUAUUAAAUUAUAUAUUUUUAAAGUUUUUAUUGAUGAAAUAUGAAUGUUUUGAGUGAAUUUUCCCUAUUUUCUUUUUUUCUUCUUCUGUGUUUAGCCUAAACAAGUCAAGUCUUGCUGCGUUGGUUUCAGUGCUUCUGAACUGAGUGGGUUAUGAAUUUGUUCUGGCCAGUAGCAAAUCACCUGCUUUCACGCUGUAUAGAAAAGUCUUGGUUAUGAAGUCAAUGGAAAAGAGAACUGGGUCAGGUUAAAAAUGGACUGUGCCCCAUUUGUAUUUCUGCCUGAGUUGCCCAAAUUAUACCUCGGAGUUUCUAAUAGUGCACUUACAUGCAGUGUUUAGUGUGGGUGUGCUGAUGUGCUGAAGAUAUAAACUGUGUGAUAAGCAGCUAAUUUCAAUAUGAAGCAGACUCACUCCUCACUUCAGUGUACAGUUAAGCCUACAUUAGAUUAGGUUAUAUUUAUAUCAGAUUUAUAUCAAUACUAAUUGUAUAAAAGUCAGACAAAUAACAUGAAGCUGUUACAAUUGCCAUGCAAAACAAAUAUCUACUUUGACUUUUAUGUUAUGAUUUAACGAUAAUUCCAUAGCUCCAGGUCCCACAUCCUGACUUUGUUUUGGGUGCAAUAGAAUAAGCCCUAUUCACAAACUCUGCUAUUUAUAAUGAUUGCUAAAAUUUCUGCUGAUUAAACAACCAAAUAGAAAUUGCUUUAUAAUAGCAGUAGAUCAAAGAAAAAAAAAGUUUAACAUCCAAAAAUAAAAUGUCAAAUGUUGGAAAUUCAUAGUCGGUCAGGUCAACCCAUACCUGAUGCAGACUAUUUCAGUUCUGAUGAUGAGCUUUGCCUAAACAAUCAGUUGCUAAAUGAUCUGGUUAUUUGCCAAUGCAUUUCGACUUUCAAGGGCUGACUUUACUCUUUCCAUUCCACAUGUUCCCCCAAAGUGUGCUCUACUUGACAUGACUUGAAUCUUUCGUAUUUAGAACCAUCAUUUGUCUCUCACACGCAUAAAGGCACAUUAUUAAACUUCAACCACAAUAUUAAGGGAUGUGGUAACAGUUAUCUACCAAGGUGACUGAGACCUGAGAGUUUCACUUGCAUAGAAUCGUUGUACAUAAGCACUUCACCUCCCUUCGAUCGACUAGGGUAAUAAAUCUCUGUGGAUUUAUUACCAAAGAGAUUUCUAUUUCUCCUUUAGAUUUGCUCCUGGAAACUGAACUGUUCCUUUGUCACAAAGCAAAGGUAAAAAAGGUUUCAUAAACUCUUCUAGGGUUACCUUUUUUUUGCCCAGCAAACCACAGUGAAUAUAUGCAUGAUGUCUGGUGUGAUCCUUUUAAUGAGUUUGCUUGUUCUUUGGCAAAGGAUUUAAUUUUUAAAGCAGAAGUCUGUCUAUUCAGUCCUCUCUCUAAUUUGAUAGAAUUUGAUAUACUGGAUGAAAUUUUUGCAAAAGACUCAUCUGGAUUGUUUCUACAAUUACCAGUUCAUUUCUGUUCUGUAUACUUUGUGCUUUGCACCUGCACAGCUAGCAUUUUAAUUUUGUAAAAUAUUUAAUUUCUCAAAUGAUAUUCAGAAAUUCCAUAGCAAAGAAGUAUUAUGUUAUUGUAACGGCUAAGGAAAUGUGGCUAGCUUUACAUUACAUUUAAUCUUGUUUUCAGUCCAUCAAUGAUUGCCAUUAAUAAAGCAAUGUUAUUAGUGUUUUAUUUAUUGCUUUCCCUCUUUAAAUUGUCGCUCUAAUGUCGUAUGAACAAGCGUGAAGAAUCACAUUGACAAUCGGUAUCUCUGUUGCACAAUGAACGUGCACAUAGUGCGUAUAUUGUCAGAGUCCACUUUUGUUUACAGUCACCAGGGGCAUGCCUUGUGCUUGCUUGAUUAUAAUUAAUGAAAAGCUAAUGUGUGUUGUGCAAUAUGGAGCAAAUAUAGAAGUAAAUUAACAGCAGUCUGGGCCUCGGUUAAAUUGGACGUCAUUGUUAAUGUUAUUGUAAUGUGUAACAUGAUUUAAUAAUUGGUUCAGAUUGAGGUUAGAAAUACUUGAGCUAUAAGAGCAACAUACUAAAGGAAGUAAACCUAUUGCUUAAAGAAAAGGCCACUGGGCCUGGUUGCUACUGCACGGCUUCUUCUAAUCAUAUCUGCAGCAUCCAAUCGUCUUUUAUUCUACAAUUACAAGAGCAUCUCUUUUAGAUCCUGUCUUUUAAGUGGUGGUUAAGGCUGCGGCUCCAUCUCAUUCACAUGAGACCCCCCCCCCCCCCCCCCCCCUGCGACUGUAGUUCAGUGGGAUGCACGAUAAAAACUUGGCAACAUGUGAAACAUUUUUAAAAAGCACUGAAAUCAUUAAACUGCUUUGAAUUGAUGAUUAUCGCACUCAGCCUGAAUAAAUGAAAUGAACCGCAGCACAUAGUUACGGAGCGGUGUUAAGAUAAUCAGUGAUUAAAUAAUAUGAACCCAAAGAUAGGAGCAGGAACAAUGAUUUGAUUACAGUCCUAACCUCCAUAACUGUCCCGCAUAUGAUGGCACCUUGUUCCAGGCGUGUAUUCAAAUAUAGGAGUUACGGCAGAACAGGAAUAGUAGUGCUCGGCAUCUUGUUGUUAGCUGCCUGGGAAAACUUGGAUGGAUGGUAUGGACUCAAUGGCCAAAGAGCCUGUUUUGUAGGUAUAUCACUCUAUAUCAUUGUUAAAAUAUUGCAAUAAUUUUUUUUUAAUGCAUAAACAUCUGUGGUUGCAUUGAUCACAAUUGCCUCAUUUUAUUCAAAAUUUUGAUUAAUUUUUGAAAAAAAGGUGGAGAUUUUUCCAAAUUGAAUAAGUUACAGAAGGAUGGUCUAAUUCCAAAUUCCGGGUAGAGUCUCCUUCAGAUUUUGAUAAGGAGUAUGAAUCCUACCAGGCUAACAAGUUCCACUCCCUUUCAUUUUACUGAGAUGUUCAAACGUGGGGAGGUGGGACCGGUGUACUUGGGGCAUCUUGGUCGGCAUGGGCAAGUUGGGCCGAAGGGCUACGACUCUAGCCCAGCCUUGACUUGGCGUUCCCAUAUCCGAAACCCUGAACCAAGAAUUUGGCCUGGGAGGUGUGAAACGUUACUGAAUGUUACUGAAACCACUUUAUGGGGAUUAUUUUAAAAAAAGCAACACUUCAAUUGAAAAACAUAAUUAAGAUAAUUUAUUUAAGUAGAGAACAUGAAGUGGUGAAAUUUUUAAAUUUCUUACACACCUUUAUAAAACCUAAUCCUUGUAGGUGUUAGAUUCACACACAUUCUAUAUGUAGUCCAGUCCUGAUCUUCAUCCCUACCCCGGACUAUUGAUAACAGUACUUCACCAUCUCACAGUCAGACGUGAUGCUGACUCCGGAGACGAUAGCAUGUAAUGUUUCCUCUGCUUGUGUUACAAUAAAGGACAAUGAGGUGU